AUGGCUAUUUCUUCUACGCUCCCCACUCUGGAGGAUAUAAAAAUAUUAUUAUACUUUUGCAGUAUAAAUUCCAUCCAAGCGGCACAACAACACACAGUCACACAGUCACAAAAACACUCACCCACACAGAAACCACCUGCAAUUUUUACACACAUUCACGCGAAAAGGAAAAACAGAGAGCGAGACACAUACAGUCAAAUGGGCAUGGAAGUUGAUGUCAUCUGUCUAGACAAACAGCCAGAUUCUGUAGUAUACUCCAGCGAUCCCUCCCUUGAAUCAAAGUGCAGUGAGAUGCAGGGACUUGAACAUGUCAAUGGGGACAUUCAAUCAAUUCAUUCUGAAGAGAGUGGUGAAAUGCGCGAGUAUGAAGUCAAGGAAUGCACUAAUGAAAAUUCAGCUGAGAAUUCUGCAAAUCAUCAAUCUGAAAAUGAGCUAGAAUCAACCCUUGCAAAAUGUGAGAUUGCUACAGCCGAGAAUCUGAAAUCCGAAUUGGAAGUAAAGGAUAACAAGAAGUUAAGAACUUUGUCCAAAUCCAAGGUGAAAUCUGCUUCUGGAGCUUGUAAAGCUAAGUGCACUGUACCCCAGCCAUUUUCAUUGGCAACUGCAAAGCGUGCUUCAUUUGGGACGCGACUAGUCGGAGCAGAAUCUCACAAUGUUAAUGCAAAUAAAACAUCAAAAAUUAGUGCUUUAAAGAAUUCUAAUGCCACGAGACAGAAUCAGGCAGUGUCACCUAUUGCGCAUAGGAAGCCUUUGCAGCCUACUAACAAGAAUCGCCCUGAUGAAGAGGACUCCUGUUCUAUUGCUUCUUCUUUCUUGGCAUCAACAAGGAAAUCCAGAGCCACUGUUGGGUCAGCCCCAGUUUUUAAAUGCUCGGAACGUGCAGAGAGAAGAAAGGAGUUCAACUCAAAAUUGGAAGAGAAACAUCAAGCACUGGAAGCUGAGAAAAUUGCAUUGGAGGAAAGGUCGAAGGAAGAGAAAGAAGCAGCAAUAAAGCAACUCAGGAAAAGUUUGACGUUCAAGGCAAGCCCUAUGCCAAGCUUCUACCAUGAAGGACCUCCACCCAAGGCUGAACUUAAAAAGGUAUGUUGAAGGUUAAUAAAGUUUUACCUGAUUGUCUGGAAUUCUGUACUGUUGAUAGACUCCUUUGGUGUUUACCGAGUCUUCAGGUGGUUUGCAAAUGAUGUAUAUAUUCUAAUGUAACUGUUAUAAUUUUAUGUUUCUAGCCACCACCAACACGUGCAAAAUCACCAAAAUUGGGUCGAAGAAAGAACAGUGUUGAAACAAUUGGGUCAGACAAAGGCUUGGCAGCUAUUGAUGAAGUCUAUCAUCCUACUCUCAACAUUUAUAUGGACAGCCCCACUGUCCCAUUCAACAGGAAAGAUCAUUCUAACGACCAGGCUGAUAUCAUUGAAUAUGAUCCCAAAGAUGAGGAUGAAUAUGGGGGACUUGUCAAAGAAUCAUUCUUAGCGGCUGUUAUGAGCGGGAUGAAUCAGGGCAUUGCUUAUCCAUCUUAAUCUAUUUCAGUCUGUUAAUUUAUUUAAGGAGGUAUUUGUCAUCCCUUUUGUUAGUUGCAAGAAAGUGUGUGUCUUUAAGUUUAUCAAUUGUAAAUUAUGUAAGUUAUGCCCAAUGUUUAUUUGUCGUGGAUAUCCUCUGUUGUAUAUUGUUCUGUUUCUCUGAUACCAUCGUGUGAAUUAUUGGAGUCACUGCUAUAACUUAUAACCGCCUCGGUUGGCCGUUGUAUAUGAGAGUGCAAUUGCAUUGGUAAUGUUUAGUUUAAACUUGAAAUCUUUCUGCUUUCUAAGUCCCACUGUGGCUGUACACACUGAACGAUGUAACAUGCGC